UCGACCUAUCGUUCACAAACGUAACGCUUCCUCAGUCCCCCCCGCCAGUAACUCUUCCUUGCAAGCCAUGUAACGGGCGUACGGAACACACAAUUGCUUCUCUUCCACAUCUCCUCUCUUCGUUGCCUCCACUCAACAGAGAACGCGAUGCAAAUUUAAAUCGAUCGACCAUUCUGCGGGAUCGAUGGAUGUUCACUUUGUAUGUAAUUAAGCCAGUGAAUUAUACAUUAUGGCUCCCGAGACAAACGACGUGGAGGAAGCUCUCUUGGCUCCGACGACAGUAGCGAUAGAUAAGGACGAGGAGGAGCAGACGAGCGCGAUACAGAGAGCCAUCAGCCAGACGUUCAAAAGCACAUCCCACCUCGCGAAACUCCUGCCGACCGGAACCGUGCUGGCAUUUCAGCUUCUCUCCCCCAUCUUCACCGACGCAGGCCGUUGCCUGGAUUCCAACAGGACCAUGACUGCCUACCUAAUCGCGCUCUGCGGGCUGUCUUGCAUCGCCCUUAGCUUCAGCGAUAGCUUUGUGGAUGCGAAAGGGAAGGUGCGGUAUGGCUUCGCGACUCGGAGAGGCCUGUGGGUGAUCGAUGGAACAGAGAAGCUGCCAUCGGAGAAGGCAAUGAAGUACAGGAUACAGCUCAUCGACUUCGUGCAUGCCUUCGCCUCUGUAUCAGUCUUCGCGGCGGUCGCUUUGUUCGACCAAAAUGUGGUUUCCUGCUUCUACCCGAUCCCAUCGGAGGAGACGAAGCAGGUGCUGACGUGCUUGCCAGUGGCCAUCGGAGUAAUCAGCAGUAUGUUAUUUGUAACUUUCCCAACAACACGCCAUGGCAUUGGCUUUCCACUACUUUCCCCUAAUUGAUGAUUUGAUUGGUUGUAAUUAAUAUAAUUCAAGUUGUCCCAUGUCACAGAAAUGUUUGUUUAAUCUAUUGCAUUCGACUCUACUCUCUCAUAUUGGAUUAUGUUAUA